AAGGUACGUUUCUGUAUACAGAAACGUACCUGGGGUACAUAUCUGUAGUACCCGUGCCGACAACGACCCCUUCAGCCACAGUAACCAAUAUUCCGAGAUGCAGAGAUGCAGAAUACCACUCGCAAUCAGUUGAACGGGAAUAACUACAUACGGUUUAGAUUUUGGGUUGCAGAAUAUGGACUCAUCCCCCGUUUAGGGUACCGGAGAAAGACAGGAAUGGGGAUGUGUUGUGGACCUGGUCCUACCCAUCUGCAUCCCAGGAACAGAGGGAGAUGCUCCUUGACAAGUGCGGACUCAGCUCAGGGUCGCUUCAACCUCUACGCUUUAUCUAUUACCAAUGGCAACAGAAGUGGUACUACCUGCUGCACACAGACAUCGAUGGUCAAGCUGCCCUGCCAAAAGUGACAAAUGUUUCACUAGUGCUGGUGACAAGGGACUUCAACCCUGAGAAGUAUGAGCGACUAUGUGAGAUCUUGACCAAGCUGUACCGCGAGAAGGGCAGUCCAUCGGCCAUGUUGGAGGCUUACAUGGGUGUUGUGACGAGAGGAGUAUGGGCCACUGAUGAUAACGGGAAGUUCUCAGUCAAAGACUUUGGUAACAGAAAAGCCUAUGCCAAAAGCAGUGUUAAAAACGUAAUCCAGACGUUGGGCCUGGAGGCGAUACUUCUGUACACGGCCCUCAUGUUAAAGAAAAGAGUAGCAAUAUACUUCCCGCCACAUUCCCUGGCUGAUCUGCUAGAGUUCACAAGAUCACUGCCUGCUUUGGUUUGGCACCGACAGAAUUGGAGUGUUGUAUAUCCUCACGUCUCUCUCGCUACCAGCGAGCUGGAGGGUCUGAAGUCGGUCAGCCAUUAUGUUGCAGGAUUCACAGAAGCUGAAGUUGAGGGGAGACCAGAUCUGUAUGAUGUGUUUGUGAAUGGUCCUGCUGGACAAGUAACUGUAGCGUCUCAUGCUAAAGAUGCCCUGGCCAUGGGGAAACUCCACAAGGAUAUAGCACUUCUGAUGGUUCAAGGAGCUGAAUCAGCUGACACGACAGAUGAGGACAUGAUAAAGGAGGUGGCUGGAAAAACAAAGGAGCUGUUGAACAACCUCCGGUCUCUGGCUUCCGACGAGGGAGGCGGGCGACUCACGCUGAGUCUGGACACCCUCAAACAACGCAAGAUGCCUCCGGCUACUGAAAACUUCCUGUUCAGCUUGGCGGCAUGUGAAGGACUAGUCAAGUUCUAACUGGGAGGUCCGACAACUGCUUCCCAAAGUAUCCCAGUGUAGAAAUACAUCUGCAGCAUUCAUCACUGAACACAAAUCGGGAUUAACUGACAUACCAUUCUGCAGUCAACGUUGUACAUACGUGUAUGAGUAAUUGUCACCCAGUGUUCAUGUGACAGCUAAUGUGUACAUACGUGUAAUCUUUGUCUGAACUGAUGUUUACCAGUAAUCUUUGCUCGUGUCUUAAAUAUUUUUGAAGAAAGAUUUUGUGUGUGUGUGUGUGUGUGUGUGUGUGUGUGUGUGUGUGUGUGUGUGUGUGUGUGUGUGUGCGUGCGUGUGUGCAUAUGCAUAGUGUAAUUCUGGACUACGAUCCACUCCAGAAGUGGAAAACUGCCAUGUAGCUGGAAUAUUGCUGAGUGCAGAAGAACAAACAAAAGAAGUGGAGACAAUUCUAUCCUAGAAUUCCCAGUUACCGUGCACUGGUCAGAACAAUAUUGGAAGUUGUGAAGGACAUUUUCCUGAUCUUGGUGCUUGAAGCGUCUUCAAAAAAGAUGCAAGACUAUAUGAGAAAAGGUCUGUAGCCUGAUGGAAAUACGUCAUUAAAACGUUUGGUAACUGAGAAUAUUGUUAUACAUACAUAGUCUUCAGAAUGUAAGAAAGCUGUGAAGUAUGGUAUUGGUUGUUUUGGAUAUACUUGCUUCAUGACUGACACAGAAAACAUAAUAAACAUGCAUAUUACACUU